GUGCGCCUCUCCCAGGUCCCCCUCCCAGGUGCGCCUCUCCAGGUCCCCCUCCGAGGUGCGCCUCUCCCAUGUCCCCCUCCCAGGUCUCCCUCCCAGGUGCGCCUCUCCAGGUCCCCCUCCCAGGUGCGCCUCUCCCAUGUCCCCCAUCCCAGGUGCACCUCUCCCAGGUCCCCCUCCUCAGUCUUCUGGCUGUCCUGAGAGUCAUGCCGGGAACCUCCCUC